AUUUCCUCAAACAUUGCCCAGCCCCCCCCUCAGCACUAUCAUCCUACCUACUUAAAGGAAAAAAAAUUAACUACACCCAUGUUACUCACCGUUUCCAAGAUUGUAGCAGCAACGAUUGCAGUCUCGAUUGCAGUGCAAGCAUCCGUGGUUCCUCGUAAAGAAGCCGAUGUAGCUAAUGUAACGGGCGCAAGCAUUAGGAAAAACAACUGGGAGGGAGGACCGAUCCGUCGAUGCAUCGACCCCGAUAUGCUGGCAUUGACGUUUGAUGACGGUCCUUUUCUGUACACAUCAGAGCUGCUUGAUUAUUUGGAUGAUCAAGGGGUGAAGGUGACCCUUUUCAUGAAUGGGGACAGUGCAUCCUACAUCGAAGAUCACGAGGACAUUGUGAGACGUGCUUACAGGUCUGGUCAUCAAAUCGGAUCUCAUACUUGGUCGCAUGCGGAUUUAACAACGUUGUCGGAGGCAGAUAUCGACUAUCAGAUGGUUAGACUUGACGAAUCAUUCAAGAAAAUAAUCGGUGUUCGACCAGUACAUAUGCGACCACCUUAUGGAAACGUCAAUGAGCGAUCUAUGAACUAUCUCAACAGGCAUGGCUACAAAGUGAUCAACUGGUCGAUUGAUUCGAACGAUUGGCGGUAUAGAGAUAAUGUCCACGCAUCGCUGAACGAGUACUAUGUGGCUCUGGCGAGAUCUGAUGCAGGGGGACUGGGUCAUAUUGUAAUUCACCAUGAUACGAUCCCUUCAACUGUUCGGAAGUUAGUUCCAUUGGUUAUCGAUUUUGCCAGGGAGAAGGGGUUCCGCCUCGUAACUGUGGGCGAGUGUUUAGGCGAAUCUCAGAGCAAGUGGUAUCGCUAGUAAGAGACAACAAACGGU